AUGGAGUUGGUUCGUAAUAGCGUGGGCAUCAACCUGCUUGAUGGGUGCUGUUAUGAGGCGGAGCGCGCUGAAAGGGUCGCCGGGAGCCUUGAACAACUUCGACAACACCUUCCACCAGAUAUGCACGCGCACCUUGCCGGCCUAAUCACUCAGAUCAUCUCAACGUCGCACAAUCUUCGGGACAUUACGGAUCACUCUCAAGUCCACAUGGCCCGAGUUCCGUGGGCCACCGAUCAUCUCAAUAUCCUCCUACCUUGUUUGGCGAGAACUUUGAGAGACAUUGAAGGAUACUACUCGAAUAAUGGUGAAAGUCGGGUGAACAGGUGGCGUAGAAUGUAUCAGGAGAUGGGUGAAGAGCUACGCGGAACACCUCUCCCGGCCCGCUUUGUUCUGUACAAUGACUACCUAAAUCAACUCCGUUUCCUGCUCGGCAGGUCGCCAAAUUAUGACCCAAACUCAUUGAUUUAUAUGCAACGUCGAAUACUUGAUCUCAGGAGGGCAAGAGAUAUCCGUGAGUUCCUUUCGGUGGGGAGAAGCGAUCAGAGAUCGCACUGGGCGGAAUCCAUUUUCCAGCCAGAAAUCCCAAGAAAAUCUAGGCUGGAAAGACCCAAAAGGUCAUUCGGCCCAUGGGAACGGUUUGGGCAACCUUUUGUCUCACCCAAUGCCAAGAUUCUUACUAGAUGUCACUUCAAUAAUCACCAGCUCUCUGUCACCUUCAUUCUCCAGGAUGAUGAUGCUCCCUGGCUGAUGAUUCGAAUUGUCAAUCGCCAAGCGCAUUGGCUCUGCUUGCAUGGGGCUCACGAACUGUGCAUCUCACGUCACGAUUAUGCAACUUUGUAUCUCUCGCGUUGGAGCAGGACUGAGCAGAGGGCAAAGAGAUGGGCAAGCUUGAAGUUUGAGUUCUUCGAAGAAUUGGUUCUCUUCUACAAUAUGUUCCUUUGCUUGAAGUUGAAAAGUAGUCGAAUGGUAGACUUUCAUCCCAAAGAAUUGGCAUUGAGGGAGGAAAUCAACAUGUUUACGGCCUUUGUGGAAGACGACAGGACGAUAUACACCCUUGCAAUACAUCGCGAUGUCGAUACCAAACGACGUCGACUCCAGAUGACUUUGUGCGAAGGCCACCUCAAAGGCUGCCCUGUUUGGACAGCCUUCCUCCCUGGACCCGGCGAAACCCCGCGCUCUCAAUGGUUGAAACGCGGCAAGUCAGAACAUGUCAUUUUGUUGAAGAACCUUCAUGCAUACGUUUUUUGUGACGGCUACUCGGUACCGACAACUAAAUUGAACGCGGACACCUUCAAGAUCUAUUUUGUCAACCCAAUUGAUGCCGAUAAGUUUUUGACAUACUUUUGA